CAGAAAGCCAAUCUCAGUUGUUAGAAUGGGAGAGAAAUGUGUUACAGAGGACUCAAAGCAGACAGAUACGAAAGAGGAGGAAGAACAGACAUGCAGUACAGGUGAUACUCCAACUCUUCAGGAGCUCGAGGAGCUUCUACACUCAGCUCCACGCUCGUGUCACCAUGCAGAUGAGGUGUGGCCGAAUCUCUUUCUGGGAGACAUGUUUAUGUCUCAUGACAAGUUUGGACUCUGGCAGCUGGGCAUCACUCAUGUGCUGAACGCCUCCCAUGGAAAACUCUGCUGCAAAGGCAGUGAUGAUUUCUAUGGAACCACGGUAAAAUAUUACGGAGUUCCCGCCAACGACCUCCCAACAUUCAAUCUAUCACCUUUUUUCUACCCUGCUGCAGAAUUUAUUCACCUGGCUUUGCUAUCAGGAGGGAAGAUUUUUGUACACUGUGCUGUGGGAGUGAGCCGCUCGGCUGCGUUGGUUUUGGCCUACCUGAUGAUUCAUCAUCACUUCAGUCUCCUGUCUUCUAUACGCUGUGUGCAACAGAAGCGCUGGAUUUUCCCUAACAGAGGAUUUAUACGACAGCUUAUAGACCUGGAACAAACACUGCGUGUUGAAAGAAAAAAUUAGCUUAAA